ACUCAAUUUUAAAACCUACACUAUACAGUAAUAAACAAAAGAGAAGUGGACGGGGAAAAACAAUGGAUAGAGCAACACCUGUUCGGAGCUCACAUACUUCCACCGCCGAUCUGCUGACGUGGUCUGAGGUUCCUCCGUCGUCCGGCAACUCUUCUGCCGUCGCCAACUCCGGCAGUUCCUCUCGUUCUCAUCAGCCUUCUGAUCGAAUUAGUAAGGCCGUCUUUGGUGGUCAGAUCACUGAUGAAGAAGCUGAUAGCCUAAACAAACGGAAACCUUGUUCAGGGUAUAAACUGAGGGAGAUCAGUGGCAGCAAUAUAUUUUCUGAUCAUGGUGAAGAUGGUACAUCAGUGCGCAUUAUUCAGCAAGCUGCAAAUGGAAUAAGUCAAAUUUCAUUCAGUACUGAAGAAGACAUUUCCCCAAAGAAGCCUACCACUCUGACCGAAGUGGCAAAGCAACGUGAGUUGAGUGGAAACUUAGAAAGUGAGUCAGAUAGCAAAGUCAAGAAGCAGCUAUCAGCUGCAAAGACCAAGGAGCUUGGUGGAAAUGAUAUAUUUGGUCCUCCUGCAGAAGUUCCCCCUAGAUCACUGGCUGCUGCACGCUCCUUGGAGUCGAAAGAAAGCAAAGACAUGGGUGAACCUGCGCCACGAACUGUACGCACAUCUGUUAGGGUUUCUAAUCCUGCUGGUGGGCAAAGCAGUAUCAUGUUUGGUGAUGAACCUGUUGUCAAGACAACAAAGAAAAUACAUAACCAGAAGUUUGCAGAAUUGACGGGCAAUGACAUUUUCAAGGGAGAUAUUCCUCCUGGAUCGGCGGAGAAGACACUGAGCAGUGCUAAACUGAAAGAAAUGAGUGGUAAUGAUAUAUUUUCUGAUGGAAAAAUUGAAUCCAGGGAUCACUUUGGCGGUGUGCGCAAACCACCUGGUGGAGAAAGCAGUAUCUCAUUAGUGUAAUCUCAUCAAAUGGCUCUCAUGUUGACCUGUAGUGUCUCCACAUUGUAGUUGCUUUCUGACUAGUGAGGGACAUCAUGGCAUUUAGGAUUGAGGAUUGUAAAACUUGAUGUAUCAAUAUUCUAAUUUGCUCCAAACUGCAGAGUAGUUAGCCAUUGAGCAUUUCUCAUGAACUGUUGUAGCAAUCCGGGAAAACCUAGCCCAUUCUAUUUGCCCCAGUUGUCUUUGUCAGUUGAUCUAUGGGUCCUAUCUGAUAUUGAAUUGUGUCAUCCUACCUCGAA